UUGGUGUUAAGCCAGAGCGACAGCAUUCCUCUCUGUCUUCGUGAUCAGGUGAGUCACAGGUUGAAAACAUGAACCACUGGACCCUGACUGGGCGUGAUUCUUCCGGGUGCCGCACCGCCGAGGAUAGACGCGUGUACAAGAUCGUCGCCGUGCUGAACGACCCCGUGACCACGCCCUGCGGCCACAACUUCUGCCAGGCCUGCCUCCAGCGCCUGUGGGACAGCGGCGAGGUUUGCCGCUGCCCGGUCUGCGACAAGGCCUUCGCCACCCGGCCCGAAAUCAGCGUCAACUCCGCCUUCAAGGAGCUGGUCGACACCUUCAAGAGGAUGACGCCCGGCCCGUCGUCCUCGCCCCCGCCUGGAGACGGCGAGGUGGCGUGCGACGUGUGCGCCGCCGCCUCCCUGCGGGUGCGCGCCCUCAAGUCCUGCCUGGUGUGUCUCACUUCGUAUUGCCAGGCCCACCUGGAGGCCCACCGCAGCGUGGCCACCUUGAUGACGCACAAGUUGAUCCCGCCGUCGGCCGACCCGCGAGAGCGUCUAUGCGGGCAGCACGACAAGCUCCUGGAGAUGUUCUGUCUGGACGAGCAGCAGUGCGUGUGCCGCUUCUGCACCGAGAGCCAACACAAAGGUCACCGUGUCGUUCACAUUGACGAGGAGAGCGAAAAGAGGAAGGUCCAAAUGAAGACGACACAGGCCGACUUUGAGCAAAAGAUCCAGGAGCGACAGAACAAAGUGGAGGAAAUCCAAAAUGCUUCAAAACUCAACGUGAUAAGUGCGGCAAAUGAGAGGACGAAGAACGACCGCCUCUUCGCCCUUCUCAUCGUUUUCGCCGAGGAAAGACGAGCGGCGGUCGACGGCGAGAUCGUGGCGAGUCAGCGGGCGGCCGAGCAGAGGGCCGGCGGGCUCGUGGGCGAGCUCCGCCGGGAGAUCGUCGAACUCCAGUCGAGGAACGUGGAGUUGGCGAAGCUGAUGGAAACGGAGGACCAUCUGCACCUCCUCAAGAGGUUCCCCGAGCUGACGUCGCCUCCCCCCACCAGAGAGUGGGCGGAGAUCAACCUGUGCCCUGAGCACUGUGUGGGGACGUCGAGAAGGGCGCUGUCCCAACUGAUCGCCGCCCUGACGAGCGAGCUGGAGGGCCUGAAGACAGACGAAAUGAAGAGCGUGCAGAGUUAUGCAGCGGACGUGGAGUUCGACCCGGACACCGCCCAUCCCAACAUUUGUCUGUCGGCCGACGCCAAGCGCGUUUGUCGCGCUGAGCAGCUGCAGGUUGUGCCCGACAACCCUCAGCGCUUCGACCCGGUCAUCUGUGUUUUGGCAAAGAGAGGCUUCUUGUCCGGCAGGUUCUAUUUCCAGGUGGAAGUAGGGACCAAGACUUACUGGGAUGUGGGCGUGGUCAAACAGUCAGUAAACAGGAAGGGCCUGAUCACCUGUAAACCAGAGAACGGCUUCUGGACGAUGCGUCUGAGGGGCGGGUCCGAGUACCGCGCUCUGGACUCACCGUCCGUCCUUCUGACCUUCGACGUGAAGCCGCAGACCGUCGGCGUGUUCGCAGACUACGAGGAGGGGAUCGUGUCCUUCUUCGACGUGGAUGCCGGGUCUCACAUCUACACUUUCGCUGGGUGUGUCUUCUCCGAGAGACUGUUCCCAUUUUUUAGCCCUGGAGUUUGCGACGAGGGGAGGAACGCUGCACCAAUGACCAUCAUGACUGUGCACCGGCACACACUGGCCCCGACGCCACACACUGAUUAAUAAAGCAUUUGCUGAAUCACGAGCUUUUUUUUUUUUUUUUUUUAUAUAACUCAUUGCAUCUGUGUGAGCUGCCCUCGAAACGAAUGAUCAAAUUCCACCGCGGUAAAUACAUAUUUUGGGCUUUCACUCAAUAAAAAGUUGUAAACGUGAAA